AUGCGGUCGAGCGAUGAAGAGUCCAUCCCGCGAAAGGACGAGGACGACUACUCUGAAACUACGACUCCAGUGCCUGGAGACAUUGGCGUCAAAGGAGAACUCUACAUCAGCGUCGACAAAGACGAAUACCGAGCAGGCGACGUGGUCACGGGGCGCAUUACGGUGCUUGUAAGCGAGCCACUCGAAUGUGGAGCAUUGGUAUGCAGUAUUGUUGGCGAGGAGAUCGCGCAGUGGAAAGAAGGCAAGGACCAUCACUCCCGCUUCCACCAGAUCCUUCGUCAUGAGAUCCUGAACACACCCUUACCGGUUCCGUACGAGAUCGGUGAGUAUCUUUAUCCGUUCACAUACACGUUACCAGCAGGUUUACCUGGCUUACUAAGCGUGCAGUCACUGGAUGGAGACGUGUCUGCAUUGCACGCUACCAUCAAGUACACCGUGACGGCAACUAUCAAAGUGCAAGGUCGCUUCGUCUCGGACAUCGAAGCAAGUACCGACAUCGUCAUGCGUUCCAAUAGUCCGUCUCACAUUGAAGCCCACUCAGUCGAGCGUACUGUGUCCAAGGCGCUCCGCUGGUUUGGCUGUCUGAGUCGAGGCACGUCCCAUCUCGCCAUGUCCAUACCACGAGAUGUCUUCAUCCUCGGGGAGAGUCCCGUUGUCGAGUGUUUCGUGAACAACCACACAGCGUCUAUCGGUGUGCAACAAGUCACAGUUCAACUCGUUCAGAAGGUGACUGUUCGACAUCCCGAUGGAAACGAAGACGUCUGUGCACGGCCAGUCGCUGAGGCCAAGUGCCACGGUCCAAAGCAUGGCGAUAUGCUCGAAUGUCCUGUACAGCUUAACCUGAAUGAUCAGGUUAACUAUCCCACGACGACCGGGAGCUUCUUAAGCUGCACAUACAUGAUAGCGCUAGUGUGUGAGUACUCCACGUUUAUUAACCCCGUCAGCGUCGAGCUUCCCGUCACUAUCCUGCCACCAGCACGGACACCCAGUGCUGGAUUAACACUAACAGACCUGGCAGCGUCGAUGAUGUCGACUGCUUCUGAGGCUCACGGACCCAUCACGAUGCUCGAAUGA